GCAGAAAACGAGAGCGUGGCAAGACAGUGGCUCAUAGUGACAGCAGGGGUAGAGAGAGGCAGAGCGAGUGAGCGGGGAAGCAGGGGAAGAGGAAACUGACAGUGGGGGGAAAAGAAAAAUGCAGGAAAGACACUGAAGCUGGGAUGGUGGAGGAGAAAACAGGAGAAUGCAGACUGCUUGCCAAGGCUAGAUAGAAACAUUAGGAAGCAACAGUGAGGAAGCAGAGAGAAAGUGUGAUUUGUUCAAAUGUGUGUGUGAUGUGCAACUGGCGGUGCUUAAAUCGGAGCGUGGAGUGUGUGUGUGUAAGCGGGUCUGAUUGUCCGUGCGACCAAUACUGGCAGGAAAACGUGCUCGGUGGAUUAUGAGAGAUCAAGAAGAGGACGAUUGUGUGUGUGUGUCAGGGUGUGUGUGUUUAAUGGUGAACAAAAGGGCUAGGUGCAGCUUGUCCGCGAGCGUGCGUGUUUAGACCGUGCAGCUGUGCUUGAGGAACGGGAAAAGAUAGUCCAGAUAGUUGAAGCACUUGAGGACAAAAGGGCAUCCAGGGACAGUUCUGCACUCUUAAUGCAACUGCUGUCUGAGUACUUCAAACCCUAAAAGGGAAAGCAAACCGGUAAACAGAGACUGUUGAAGGAAGAUAAGGAGAAACCAUGUGUCUUCUCGAGCCAUCAUCAGAACUAUUUGUAGAACCGAAGCAUCUCUGUUGCUGGUGACUACCUCAAAGACAAGGAACGGAGACGUGGGGUUUCUUCGGAGGUCUUCGUGAAGGGUCGGCGGGGUCCAGUACAGUGUCCGGUGAUCCCUGGAUGUCUUCAGCAGAAAGCCAUGGGAGAGUGGACCAUUCUAGAGCGCCUCCUGGAGGCCGCCGUGCAGCAGCACUCCACUAUGAUUGGAAGGAUUCUCCUGACAGUUGUGGUGAUAUUCCGUAUCCUGAUUGUGGCCAUUGUUGGUGAAACAGUGUAUGAGGAUGAGCAGACCAUGUUUAUCUGCAACACCCUCCAACCUGGGUGCAACCAGGCCUGCUACGACAAGGCCUUCCCCAUCUCCCACAUCCGAUACUGGGUCUUCCAGAUCAUCCUUGUUUGCACGCCCAGCUUGUGCUUCAUCACCUAUUCAGUGCACCAGUCGGCCAAACAGCGUGACCGUCGCUACUCCUUCCUCUACCCAAUCAUGGAGAAGGACUACAGUCGUGAGGGUACCCGCAAACUACGCAACAUUAAUGGUAUUUUGGUGCAGCAUUCUGACAGUGGUGGCGGAAAGGACGAAGCUGAUUGCUUAGAGGUAAAGGAGAUCCCGAAUGCUCCAAGAGGCCUCCUGCAUGGCAGGAGCUCCAAGGUACGCCGACAAGAGGGAAUCUCUCGCUUUUACAUAAUCCAGGUGGUUUUCCGCAAUGCACUUGAGAUAGGCUUCUUGGCGGGGCAGUACUUUUUAUAUGGCUUCAGUGUUCCUGGCAUUUUCGAGUGUGACCGCUACCCCUGCCUGAAGGAGGUGGAGUGCUACGUAUCACGGCCCACUGAGAAGACGGUCUUCCUAGUGUUCAUGUUUGCAGUGAGUGGGAUCUGCGUCGUGCUCAACCUUGCCGAGCUCAACCACCUCGGCUGGAGGAAAAUUAAGGCUGCCAUUCGAGGUGUGCAAGCCCGCAGGAAGUCCAUCUGUGAGAUCCGUAAAAAGGACAUGGCCCACCUGUCACAACCGCCAAACCUGGGCAGGACCCAGUCCAGUGAGUCUGCUUAUGUCUGAUCUCCAUUCAUCCAAAUAUGGCGUCACAAGGAGUCGAGUGGAGAGUGGAAUGCUAAAAUUACAAGGCGCUUAUGGUACUUGUGCAAAUGUUUAUAAUGGCGAAGAGGGAGUGGCUCCACAUAGCCACACCCC